CGGGAUUACGAUGAACUUAACGUAACGUAACGUCACGGGACGGGACUUGACGGAACGGGACGGAACGCGAACUUAACGAUACGAAGGCAGCGCGCGAUUACGAUCGCCGUGACGGUACGGAACGAGCUAGCGCAGAAGUCGUCUGCUCUGUUGACAUUUAACAGUCGUGGUCGUGUUUACAUCUUUCGAAUGCCUGUCACACAAGAGCACUACAAAAUGUUGAAUGUUCUUUGGUUUGGAUAUUUGUAUCUUAAGCUAAGAAAAAAGAGGCGCGUAAGAUCGAUCGGAGUUCGUAACAUUUUUAAGGGUAGGAUUCAGCAUGGGGAUGGGCACAACCUCUUCGAAGAAUUACGUAUUGGUGACGCCUAUAUGUUUUUUACGUAUACGCGAAUGAACGGCGAAAGAUUCGAAUACCUGUUAGCUAUGGUCGGCCCUCUCAUAAUCAAACGUAAAAUGUAUACCGUAAUCACCCCGGCUCAAAGACUUGCAAUGACUUUGAGGUUUCUGGCAGCUGGUGAUAGUCAAGACUCACUCAGCUUCGCAUACCGGUGUGCCCAAAGUACGGUUUCAUGCAUCCUCAAAGAGACCACACAGGUUGUAAUCGCGGUUUUAAAGCGACUGUACUUGGCACCACCUACUUCAGAGGAGGAAUGGAGAAAUGUCGCCAGUGGAUUUUGGAACGAGUGGCAGUUCCCUCAUUGCAUUGGAGCAAUCGAUGGGAAACAUAUACAAAUUCAGGCCCCACAAACCUCGCAAAGCAUAUUUUUCAAUUAUAAGAAAACGUUUAGCAUAGUGUUGCUUGCAAUCUGUGAUGCUCAUUAUAAUUUUCUCAUGGUUGAUAUUGGUGCGGAAGGGUCACAGAGCGAUGGUGGUAUUUUUCAAAGCUCUGAACUAGGCCAACGUCUCGAAGGAAAAACUUUGGGAAUCCCUCCCUCAAAUUAUCUGCCAGGAACGGAUGCCGAUAUGCCUUUUUUUCUUGUUGGAGAUGCUGCAUUCCCUUUAAAACCCUACCUGAUGAAGCCAUACAGCGGACGCGAAUUGCCGGACAGAGAUGCCAUUUUCAAUUACAGACUGAGUAGAGCCAGGAGAGUGAUCGAAAAUUCAUUUGGAAUUCUUUCUGCUCGAUGGAGAAUCUUCCGGCAUCCUAUAUGUGCGUCGCUGGAGAACACAGAGUCGAUAGUUGAGUCCGCCAUAUGCCUUCACAACUUUAUCAUGAAAACAGCUGGUCGAAAGCUACAACAAGAAUACUGCCCGCCUAAUUUCAUAGAUAUUGAGCUACCCGGAUGUAAUCUCGUUGAAGGAGAAUGGCGAGACAUUCUAGCAGGAGAAAAUGGGGCUAUCAUUGAAGGUCCUCGCUUGGGAGCACGCAAUGCAGCGGUGCGAACUGUCAAAUAUCGAAACGCACUUAGAGAUUUUGUCAAUGAGCAAGGUGCUGUGCCAUGGCAGAACAACAUUGUUCAAAUUCGACAGGGGCUAAUUUUGUAGGUUUAGUUGUAUCAGCGAUACAUUUUGUGUUAUUUAAGCCUAUGUAUGUUUUUAAACUUCUGUUUUACUCAUUGUGGGAAAAAUAUAAGUACAUGGAUAAUAUCUACUACAAUAGUUUAUUUUAUUUUAAAUAUCACAGUAAUCAUA